GUGCGUAAAAAAAAGGAAAGACAAAAGCCUCGUGCGCAUCUUUCCUGUAUGAUUUAUGUCUGAUCCGAGAGCAGCAGCAGAGUCUACAGCGCGAGACUCCGCCAUCAGCUCCACUCCACUCUGGCUCCACCGAUGUUGCCUGGUUUUUCUCGUUGCGUGGAAACUAAAAAGGCUGCACUGUGUGCGAGCGAGCGACUCCUGAAGUGAAGCGGCAGCAUUUCCAGCGGCCGGAGCGACUCGUGGCACAAGUUUAACGAGCCACGGAAGAGGAGGAGGAGGAGGAGGAGGACCUGGUGGAAGAGACCCCACAAGCCUGCCGAGCGAACCGCGGGGCUUCUCCGAGACAUUCGCUGCACCGUUUUUACUGUGGACACUCGCCGCUGAACGCACCAUGAGAAGGAGAGGGAAAGCGGCACAGACACUCAACAGUUACUGGGGAGGCUGAUGUGGACUUCACCCCGUAAACCCAGCUGGUCAUUCCUGGAGCAUGCUCGUGUUUCACAAUGCUCCUUCCUGCGGACUGGCUGCUGCGCCACUCGGUGGUCAUGUGUUUGCUGCUGCACAGCCUGGUGCUCAUGACCUUCUGCUUCCACCACGCCGCCACCAGCUGCUCCAAGAGCUGCUACUGCUCUGAGAGCGAGAGCGUCGGCAAGACGGUGCGCUGCAGCAACCUGCAGCUCACGGAGAUCCCCGAGGACAUCCCCAAUGACACGCGACGCAUCUACCUGGACUUUAACCUCUUCACAACAGUCCCGGCUAACGCCUUUGUGGGUUUGCCUCAUCUGGUGGAACUGGAUCUCUCGCAUAAUGAGUUGAGUCAGUUAGAGCCGGGCGCGUUCAGAGGCCUGGGCUCCUCGCUACAGUUCCUGGACCUUUCCUCAAACAAGCUAGUGAAGUUCAACGCUGAAGCCUUUGAGGGCCUGCGGGCUCGCGCCAAUCUAACCAACAACCCAUGGCUCUGUGACUGCAACCUACAGAUGGCCAUGCCUCGUGUAGACCUGGAGCCCGCGUCACUCACAGGCAUCGUGUGCCAGACGUCAGAACCCGAGGACAUAGGGGUUCAAGGACUCGCCUUCCUGUUGGCACCGGACAUAGACCUGUGUGUGGUGAUGAAGAGGACUACAGAUGUAGCCAUGCUGGUUGUCAUGUUCGGCUGGUUCACCAUGGUCAUCUCCUACCUGGUCUACUACGUCAGGGCCAACCAGGAGGACGCCCGCAGACAUUUGGAGUAUCUAAAGUCAUUGCCCAGCAUACAGGGCAAGUCAGAGGAGUCUUCCACCAUCAGCACGGUCGUUUAAGAGGAAUGGAGCCACACGACGGAGCUGAAGUUGCUACUGCCCACACCAAACAGCACGGAGUAGCUCCAGCGUCAGCGCCUCAGUCUCAGACAGCUGUCACAGAGCCAAGGUGGGCAAAGAGACACACGCCUGCACAGGAAAAACCAGGCCAAUGCAACCUAGCCCAGAUGAAUAAUUCAUCAUUCAGAGGCCCAUUAGGAAUUUCUGCUAAUGGUCCAGUCUGUGCACUAAGGGAGUAAAAAGCAGAUGUGCGUUUUUGGUGAACUCCAAAUGCGGGAUACAAAUGGGAUUUAUCCAGUGGUGCGUGCACCUCGCUGCACACGCACACACAAUUCAGGACAAACAGCAAUAUGAGUAGACUUAACGGCAAACACAACAGUGAAGAACAUUGUGCUCAGUAUUCCUUUUAAAUCCUUACAGUAUUCUCUAUACAAGUAAAAUCAUGUUUUCCAACUAAAUCGUUGGUUUUGUUUUGGUUUUUUUGUAUUUACAGAACA